GUUGGCACAGCUACCACAGUUUGCCUGCCCGAGCUGCCAGUUCUUGCACACUAUUGAUGGGAUGAGCGUGUGCACCAACGAAACGAUCGUGCAGAGGAGCAUGACGGAGCAUUUAGUGGAGCAGACUGCCAGCUUGCGAAUGCCGAUGAGGAAUGCCGUUUGUGUCAAUGCGAUGGGCUCGGAACUGUGGAAGUCUCGCAGGUGGAACUUCACAUCAUUGGAUACCACUCUGCGGGCCAUGGCGCAACAAACCUGGCUGGAGUACGAGACAGCUGGAUCCAACAAGUAUCCCGGCAGUCUGGAUGGAGAGGACGCGAUUAGGCUUCGAAGUGGUCAAAGCUUCGAAGACUCCAGACCUCCCACUGGUCAGCUGGCUCUCGUGGGUGUGGCUUGGGAUGCCAGCAAGAUUCCAUGGUCGAGAUCUGUGCGGCACGCACUGAAAACGAAGGAUGACCUGGAGAAGGAGCGGCUGCGCCAUCGCUCCGGGGGGUUCUUCCGUUAUGAGAAUCGCGACAAUCCUAUCGAUGUCGUUCUCAACUGCCCUGGCUACUGUGGACCUCGAGAAAGGAUGACUGCCGGACCUCACUGCGAAGAGGUGAACUACGCCGAGCGCGAGCACGCCAAGGUGGUUCGAGACGAGCUCACAGAGGCCCGCCGCAAAGGCAAGUACGACAGGGAGGAGCACAGAUGGCGAUGCAUUGCCAAUGCAGACCAGGCAGAUGUAGACCGAGUUUCGCGCAUGCAGCAUGAUCCCAUGAUGGGACGGAAGAACGUUUCAGGCCAGCCUUUCAACAUCGUAAACCAUUGCUAUGACAGGACUCCCGCUGGGGCCCAGCUGGAGCACCACGACAACAUGAUCCGGUACCGCUCGAGGGUGCGGGAGGCUGCAUUGGCCAUGCGAAAUCACUUGGGGUUCAAUCCCAUCAUCGGGGAGCAGCUUCGACCUCAGUGGUAA